AUGUCUUUCAACGUCUACAUGGUCGACUUUCUCGGCGUCUCACGAGGCAUCUUCGUGCAGACCGACGAAUGCGGAAGAGACAGCGGUCAUCUUUAUCAAGUAAUUGGCGACAUGCAGAACGGCAUGAUUCAUGCACACAAAGAACUAAAACGACCAAGCAACUCCAGCAGGUUCAUCGGCACGGUAUCCACAUCUCAAUACUCGCAAGUUCGCGCUAUUUGCGACUCUAUUACGGCAGGACCACCGAAAAUUGAUCCUGUGAAUUCUCUCCGUCAUUAUCAAGAAUGGACGAAUAAUGUGGUAGAAAUGCUCUUUGCUAGGGGACUUUUGCAGAGACCCAACCCCCUAUCGAUGUCUACACAAUUCCAACACGCCUCGAGGCGUGUUGAUCAAUGCUGCUCGCCAAUAAAUGAUAGCCGUAGCUUUGACUGGUUGAGCGCGAGUCGAAUGCAAGCUCCAGGGAUGGCGAUGUGA